AUGCCUGCGCUUAAGCUCGUGCUUCUUGGCGAUCUGUCGGUUGGAAAAAGCUCGCUAGUAAACAGGUUUGCCGUGGACUCGUUUGACCCUCAUCUGCCCAACACGAUUGGCGCUGCAUUCAUCUCCAAAGAGCAUGUAUCGAAAGAUCGCAGCGUGAAAUUCGAGGUCUGGGAUACGGCCGGCCAGGAGCGGUACAAAUCGCUCACGCCCAUGUAUUAUCGAAAUGCCAAAGUGGCGUUGGUCUGUUUCGACUUAUCGAACACGGACCUGUCUUUCCACCGGGCCCGUUAUUGGUGUGACCAGCUUGCGGUUCUGGGACCCCCAGAUAUAGACAUAGUCAUUGUAGGCACGAAACUGGACUUGGCAGAAACAGCCGUGGAUGUCCUGGUACCAGAAUUCUGCUCUGACCGGGGCCUCCGAUACGUGGCUACUAGUGCUAAACUGGGACAGGGUGUGCUGGAGCUUUUCGACUCGAUCGUCGAUGGAUUAGACGAGGAGAUGUUUCGCCAGCUAGAGCUGGAACCCACUGAGCCAGAACAAGAAAACGUGCUAUUGUUUGCCCGUGCCCGCAACUCGGGCUGUUGCUGA